GACUGCGCGGAGAACCUCUGAAACCAAGGACACAAAGUCCUGCAGCCGGCUCAGCAUUUGCCUAUGCAACACGACCCUGAAAGAUGCCUAAAUACCUAUCAGUGAACCCCUUCGAAGAAAUAAGUGUGAGCACUGAGAAUGGACCUCACGCAAAAGUACAACGAUACGUACGUAAAGAAGGCAGUUGCAGCGUGGUGUUUCGCCAUGUCCCAGAAGAAUGGCUGCUGUUUGUCAACGACAUCUUUACCAGCUUAGUUGAGAUCAGGUGGAGGGUGAUGUUUCUGAUCUUUGCGUUGUCUUAUAUCCUUUCCUGGCUCUUCUUUGGGAUUCUUUUCUUUAUCAUUGCUUUGGUUCAUGGAGAUGUCAGAGACCCCAAUAAUGACCCAUGCGUAUUUGAGGUGCGCAGCUUCACAGCCAGUUUCCUCUUUUCUCUGGAAACCCAGACCACCAUCGGUUAUGGCUUCAGAGGAAUGUCUGAGAAUUGCAUGAGCGCCAUAAUCAUUGUCACCAUUCAGGACGUCAUCAGCUGCUUCAUUGACACUUUUGUCAUCGGAAUUGUGGUGGCCAAAAUGGCCUCGGCCAGAAAGAGGGCGCAGACGGUUGGCUUCAGCAACUGUGCAGUCAUCAACCUUCGAGAUGGGUAUCUGUGUCUUUCCUGGAGGAUUGGGGAUUUCCGCAGGCACCACAUGGUGGAGGGAACCGCCUGUGCUCAGAUCCUCCGCACCACAGUGCACGCUACCGGCAAGGUGGAGGUGACCUACGAAGACUUGGCCAUUAUGCAAAAGGACCUUAUCUUGAUCACACCUUCAACCAUUUUCCACCGGAUUGAACCUGGAAGCCCGCUGUACAAGAUGAGUUUGGAAGAUCUGCGAAAAGCAGACUUUGAAUUGUUGGUGUCGUUCACCUACACAGAUGACUCCACCGGCAUGCUGCAUCAGACCCGGACGUCAUACGUACCAAAGGAGAUCCUCUGGGGUCAUCUUUUUCAGGAGAUGAUCAGGGUAACAAAGAAACACUACAAGGUGGAUUACAAUCUGUUCAAUAACACUGCUAAAGUGCUGGUACCUCUAGUCAGCGCUGAGGAGUAUGAGCAGAAGAAGAGAGAGAGGGAGGAGCAGCGGCAGCUUCGGCUCUUAGCUCGAGCUUCUCCGAGACAUUCCCCCAGAUGUUCCCCGAGGGUAUCUUCACGACCACUGCAGCAAAGUCAUCCAGAGAAUCAUCUGAGCCCUCCAACAGUAAGGGUUGAACUUAUGGGAGACUGCCAGCCAGAACCAAAUGUUCCAGCAACGGCAACUGAAAAUCAGCAUCAAGAAACUUUGACUGUGCCAAAAGACCCCACAAUUACAUAAAAUAAUAAAUAAGAUAAGAUAGUCUUUAUUGAUCUCACAUUGGAGAAAUUCACUAAUAGAACCUUCGUGUCUGAGAUUUUAUCUAAACACUUAACAUCAACUGCAGACGAAUGUGAAAUAGUGCUAACAGCAAGACUGAGGACAUCCCUGAAGCUCAAAAUAUAUUUUAGCUCCAACAAAAUAUGUUUUUGGAGCAACGGACAUUCUUCAUAUUUUUUCAGAUCACAAACACAACCAACACACUACAGGACAGAGCUUGAUCUAGACAAUUACAGACAUUUGGGGCUUUGAAAUAUGAAGCUUUUCUUGGUUAGAGUCCAAAAUGUCUGGAGUUUUACCUUAUGCUAUUUCUCACCACUGAUCCAGUAAUACAGUGCCACACUAGUUGCCACCACUGGUAAAAAAUGUGUAAAACGCCUCAAACAAAAGUGCAGUAGUUCAAAAAAACUUUUUAAAAAAU